CAUUUUCCACGUCAGUAGGUUUACAGGCUGAGUUCAGGUUGAUAGCCGGUUACAAAGCUACAUUGCCAAAUCCUCUCAGUAGGUCGUGAAAUACCAAGCUAAGGCAUGGAUUUCAUGUGUGUAGCUGUUUAAAAUGUAAACGCUCAACUAACUAAUGUUUAAAGGGCAUCACAUCAAUAUUGUUGUCACUGAAAGUUUUGUUUUUGGUCUAUAGUAGCUAGCUGGUUUGCUAGCUAAUCAGUUGAAAAUCUGCAGAACGCCAUCUUGGAUUCGCACCCAAACAGAUUUCAACAUGGUGGACAAACAUAUCUACAUUGUUCAAGGGGAGAUCGCAACGGUAGUGGGUGCCAUCAAGAGGAACUCCAGGACCACACACACUCCCCUGGACGAAGAACAGGACCCUCUUCUCAACAGCUUCAGUCACCUGAAAGAAGUCCUGAACAACAUUAAAGCUCUGUCUGAUGUGGAGCCUAAUGUCUUCCUGAGGCCCUUCCUGGAAGUAGUGCGCUCCGAGGACACCACUGGACCAAUCACGGGCCUCGCUCUCACCUCAGUCAACAAGUUCCUCUCCUAUGGCCUUAUAGACUCCAAUCAUGAAGGGGCAGCCGAGGGCAUCGAGAACAUGGCCGACGCCGUCACACACGCACGCUUCGUGGGGACCGACCCCGCCAGUGACGAGGUGGUGCUGAUGAAGAUCCUACAGGUUCUAAGGACACUGCUGCUAACGCCUGUUGGAGCCCAUCUGACCAAUGAGUCUGUGUGUGAGAUCAUGCAGUCAUGCUUCAGGAUCUGCUUUGAGAUGAGACUCAGCGAGCUCCUGAGGAAGUCGGCGGAACACACACUGGUGGACAUGGUACAGCUGCUUUUCUCCAGAUUGCCCCAGUUUAAGGAGGAGGCCAAGAGCUUCGUCGGGACCAACAUGAAGAAGAUCCCAGGCUGUCUCCUGGAGCCUCACGAUGUGAUUGGUGCAGAGCAGCUUAAGCCCACCAAUCAGACAGGCCUAGAGAGGGCUUACAAUAUCUUAUGGAAAAACAAACGUGUGCAGUUGAAGAUGCGUGCAGGGGGUAUGAGUGAGUCGUCUAAAUGGAAGAAGCAGAAGCGUUCCCCCCGCCCCCCUCAUCACAUGGUCCGCAGCGCGUCAGGAUCAGUAGAUGCCAGCAGCAACAGCCAAUCAGGCUUGCCGUAUGUAGAGCAGUCGGGGCUGCCGGUGUCGGACAGUGUGCCGUCGUCCAUGUCCAGCCCCACUACAGACAGCGGCCUGGACUCUGGCUCCAAGACCACCUCCCGAGAGGACCUCUCCGAUCUGGAGCAGGCCAGCUCCACGGCAACCACUCCCCUCAGCCCCUCGGCCUCAGAGUCCUGCGCACCUGACACACAGUGUGACGUGGAGCGUGCCCAGUCGGCUUCAGUAGAGUCCAUCCCGGAGGUUUUGGGUGAUCGGGACUCAUUGGCUGACCAAUCAGACUCUGCCUCAGUCCACGACAUGGACUACGUCAACCCACGAGGCGUUCGCUUCACCCAGUCCACUCAGAGAGAGGGUGCAGCUCUGAUUCCCUACGGGCUACCGUGUCUGAGGGAGCUCUUUCGCUUCCUGAUCUCGCUGACCAACCCGCACGACCGCCACAACUCUGACGUGAUGAUGCACAUGGGCCUGCAGCUGCUCACAGUGGCCCUGGAGGCCUCGCACAUCGCCCCCUACCAGUCACUACUGGUACUGGUCAAAGACGAGCUCUGCAGGCAUCUAUUCCAGUUGCUGAGUGUGGACCGGAUUAACCUCUACGCUGCCUCCAUCAGGGUGUGUUUCCUGCUCUUCGAGUGCAUGAGGGGACACCUCAAGUUCCAGCUGGAGAUGUACCUGAAGAAGCUGAUGGGCCUGAUCACGUCGGAGAACCCCAAGCUGCCGUACGAGAUGAAGGAGAUGGCGCUGGAGGCCCUGGUGCAGCUCUGGAGGAUCCCCAGCUUCGUCACCGAGCUCUACAUCAACUACGACUGUGACUUCUACUGCUCCAACCUCUUUGAGGACCUCACCAAGCUGCUCUCAAAGAACGCCUUCCCGGUAUCUGGGCAGCUCUACACCACACACCUGCUCUCUCUGGAGGCGUUGCUCACCGUGAUUGACAGCACUGAGGCCCACUGCCAAGCCAAGGUGCUCAACAGCUCUGCCCAGCAGGACCAAUCAGAGACCUUAACGGCCGAGGAGGAGGGGUCAGUCAGCACAAGCGCUGAUGCCUUGAAGGUGGACGGAACUCUGUCAGGAACCACCAAUGGGCAAACAGCAGCAACUGAGGCCACGCCCAUCUGCCCGCCCACCAGUGGCCACCUGAUGGCAGAGAAGAUGAAACUGGGACGACAAGACCAGGAGGAGGCCGACACCGAGAAGAAAACCCCCAAAAAGCCCCAGAGGUUCUCCAGCUGCCUACCCGACUCCCAAGAGCUCAACGACAUCAAGAUCAAGAAGAAGCUGCUGAUCACCGGUACGGAACAGUUCAACCAGAAGCCCAAGAAGGGCAUCCAGUUCCUGCAGGAGAAGGGCCUGCUGAGCAGCCCCAUGGACAAUAACCAGGUGGCCCAGUGGCUCCGUGAGAACCCCCGCCUGGACAAGAAGAUGAUCGGAGAGUUCGUCAGCGACCGCAAGCACAUGGAGCUGCUCGACAGCUUUGUCAAUACGUUCCAGUUCCAGGGCUUGCGUAUAGACGAGGCGCUGCGCUUGUAUCUGGAGGCCUUCCGGCUCCCUGGCGAAGCACCGGUCAUUCAGCGCCUCCUAGAAACCUUCACCGACAACUGGCAUAAAGUGAACGGGUCUCCCUUCAUGACCAAUGAUGCUGGCUUUGCUCUGGCCUACGCCGUGAUCAUGCUCAACACUGACCAGCAUAACCACAACGUCCGCAAGCAGAACAUCCCUAUGACUGUGGAGCAAUUCAAAAAGAACCUGAAGGGCGUCAACGGCAACAAAGACUUCGACCAGGACAUGCUGGAGGACAUCUACAAUGCCAUCAAGACUGAGGAGAUUGUGAUGCCGGACGAGCAGUCGGGCCUGGUGAAGGAGAACUACGUGUGGAGCGUCCUGCUGCACCGCGGCGCCACGUCCGAGGGCCUCUUCCUGGCCACGCCGCCCGCCAGCUACGACCACGACCUCUUCAGCAUGACCUGGGGGCCCACCAUCGCCGCCCUCUCCUACGUCUUCGACAAGAGCCUGGACGACACCAUCAUACAGAAGGCCAUCGCUGGCUUUAGGAAAUGUGCGAUGAUCUCGGCUCACUUUGGCUUCAGUGAUGUCUUUGACAACCUCAUAAUUUCCCUCUGCAAGUUCACCACCCUCAGCAGCGAGUCGGUGGAGAACCUGCCCACGGUGUUCGGCAGUAAUCUGAAGGCUCAGGUUGCAGCCAAGACGGUGUUCAGCCUGGCCCAUCGCCAUGGCGACAUCCUGCGCGAGGGCUGGAAGAACAUCAUGGACUCCAUGCUGCAGCUGUUCAGAGCCGAGCUGCUGCCCAAGCCCAUGGUCGAGGUGGAGGACUUUGUGGAGCCGAAUGGAAAGAUCUCUCUGCAGAGGGAGGAGACGCCAUCUCAGAGAUGGAUUAUCUGUGUGUGUGUGUGGCAGGCUCUGAUCUCUGUGACGCCUGAUGAGGAGACGUAUGAUGAGGAAGAUGCUGCGUUCUGCCUGGAGAUGCUGCUACGGAUCGUCCUGGAGAACCGGGACCGAGUGUCGUGUGUGUGGCAGACGGUGAGGGAUCACCUGUGCCAUCUGUGUGUCCAUGCCAACGAGAGCUGCUUCCUGGUAGAGAGGGCUGUGGUGGGCCUCCUUAGACUGGCCAUCCGCCUACUCAGGAGAGAGGACAUCAGCUCACAGGUCCUGCUGUCUCUGCGUCUGCUGCUGAUGAUGAAGCCUCCCGUGCUGUCCCGUGUGAGUCGAGAGGUGGCCUACGGUCUGCACGAGCUGCUCAAGACCAACGCCGCCAACAUCCACAGCACCGACGACUGGUACACACUCUUCUCCCUGCUCGAGUGCAUCGGGGCCGGGGUCAAGCCGCCCGCCGCGCUGCAGAUGACCUCUGGAAACACCGACAACGAUACAGGAGCCCAGUCGGACAGCGAGGUCAGCUCCCACCACCCCAGUGAGGUCUCGGUGGACCGGGGCUACACGUCCGACUCCGAGAUCUACAACGAGCAGCACGGGAAGAGCCGCCUGCCCCGCGCCACCACAGACGUGGACGUGGCCAACAGCGGCUGGCUCGUGGUGGGUAAGGACGAUCUGGACAGCAGUAAGGUUGGUGUGGGCGGCUCCAAGCCCCUGCUGUCCCCCCUGGUGAACCAGUACAGCCUGACCCUGGGCCAGGACAUGGGGCUGCACGACACCAAGUCCCUCAUCAAGUGUGUGGAGUCGCUGUCCUUCAUCGUGCGCGACGCCGCCCACGUCACCCCCGACAACUUUGAGCUCUGCGUCAAGACCAUUCGCGUUUUUGUGGAGGCCAGUCUCAACGGAGGCUACCGCACCCAUGAGAAAAAGAAGAGCCACAAGUACGAUAAGUCGAGUCGUCUGCGGAAGAAGCCUCGCGAGAAGGAUGUGGCCUCCCGCCGCACCAAGGCCAGCCAGCGGCUGUCCCGUUCCCAUAGCGACGACGAGGAGGACGAGGGUGUGCCGGCCAGCUACCACACGGUGUCUUUACAGGUUAGUCAGGACCUGCUGGACCUGAUGCACACACUGCACACGCGCGCUGCCAGCAUCUACAGCUCCUGGGCCGAGGAACAGCGCCACCUGGAGGCAGCCGGCAGGAAGAUCGAGGCAGACUCCCACACACUCUGGAGCAGCUGCUGGUGUCCUCUGUUGCAAGGUAUGGCGUGGCUGUGUGUUGAUGCGAGGCGGCAGGUGCGCAUGCAGGCCCUGACCUACCUGCAGAGGGCGCUGUUGGUGCACGAUCUGCAGACACUAGAUGCUGCUGAGUGGGAGUCCUGCUUUAACAAGGUGCUGUUUCCCCUUUUGACCAAGCUGCUGGAUAACAUCAGUCCUGCUGACGUAGGGGGCAUGGAGGAGACACGCAUGAGGGCAUGCACGCUACUCUCAAAGGUCUUCCUGCAGCAUUUGUCUCCUCUGCUCUCCCUGCCCACCUUUGCUGCUUUGUGGCUCACCAUCCUGGACUUCAUGGACAAGUACAUGCACGCCGGCUCCAGUGACCUGCUGCUGGAGGCGAUCCCUGAAUCUCUGAAGAACAUGCUGCUGGUAAUGGACACAGCAGGCAUCUUCCUGAGCUCCGAUUCUCGCACCGGCUACUCGGCACUCUGGGAAAUCACCUGGGAGCGCAUCGACUGCUUCUUGCCACACCUCAGAGAGGAGCUUUUCAAGCAGGCUGUCAUGCCCGAGCCUGUGCCCAGCGUGCCUGUAGAGCCCCCUCAGCCUCCAGCCCCUUCCCCUCCCCCCACUGAGCCCAAAGCCCCAAGCCGGCCAGCCUCCCCCCAGGACAACACAGCCCCACCUAGUGCCAAUGGUACGGACAGAUCGUCCCCAGUGCCCCCCUCCACCCCCCCAGUGAAGAUGUCCCCUCCAGAGUCGCCCCCGUCUCUCAGCCAAUCACCGCUCAUCCUGCAGCCUCUGGCCUCGCCCCUACAGGUCGGCGUGCCGCCCAUGUCCCUGCCAAUCAUCUUAAAUCCCGCCCUCAUCGAGGCCACCUCCCCUGUUCCCCUUCUUUCCACUCAGCGAGCAUCUGACCCCGCCGACCCCACCGAGGUCAAGUAAUACCCCCCGCACCCCCAACUCCUCCACCCCCUUUUAACCCAUACCAUUAGUGCUGGACAGGAAAUGACAUAAUCACUCAGAAGGAAAUGACUUCACCAAGGGCCUGUGACAAAGAAUGAAGCAUAACUGGCAGCAUGGUCACCAUGUACAAAGCAUACACACACACACACACACACACACACAUACACACACAACAGUAAAAAUGGUGGCCUACACACACACACACAUUUAUUUUUACAACAGCAGCAGUUCUGUAGCGUUGUCACGUGUAGCUAUAGUCAGACUGCGUCCUCCUGUGUUGGAGCCACCCUCUCAAACUGAGAUAUUUAUUAUUCUAAUUAUUAUUACUAAGAUUACUCUACUGAGCUAGAGGCUGGAGGGCCGCAGCGGUCUACACUAGGCCCGAGAGCACACAGAACCCACUGUUUGCAUCCUCAUCUAUCUAUCUAACCGACUGACCAACCGACUGCCCCUGAGCUCCACGUGCAGGGAGCUGCUCGCCAGCGCAGGUGUCCACGUUGAGCUGGAGUCUGAACAGCAGGGGGCGCCCCAUCAGCUAAAAUGGACAGGAGUCCGAGGAAACUCUCUAUCUCACACACACACACACACACAGAUCAUUCUAUUUUUUAAUAUAAAAUGGGGGGGGGCUACCACAUGAAAUCCUUCAGGGAAAUCCAAAGAGUUAAUUAUUAUUCCACGGCUGAGUUGGGGACAUCUUCCUGGACGUGACCCGUAGAUCUGACCUGCUGAUGGGUCCACCUGUCUGGGUAGAGCAGGCCCCCAUGCUCCCGAUCAGAGGCUACAGCACCUUCAGGCUGCUUGUGUCUCCACCCAUGAGUCCAGACCAUGGAGCUUCUAUUAUGAUGCAGCGGCGUUCUAGAACAUUCCUCCACUAGGGGGAGUGGGUAGUCACGAUGGGAGGGGUUAUGGGGUAGAAGAGGAGGUAUCGCUAAUAGCAGAUCUAGCCUUUGAAUUCCAGAGUCAGGGUUUUUUAAUUUUAUUAUUGUCAUUUUAUUUUGAAAUGAUUUUCACGUCUUAAAGAGAUUAUUUAAAAGCAGUUGUGUUACGUGUGGUAGGAGUGACGGUAUGGCAUGUGGAUGUGUUGCGUUGUGUGCAAUAGGAGUGUUUGUAUGGCAUGUGGAUGUGAUGCGGUCUGCCAUGGUACCCAUCUGGUGCGUGAGCUCUGAGCCCGGUCACUUUAAACGCCGGAGGAGAGUGAGGACUCUCGGUCUUCCCCAGCCAUCGGCACUGGACACGGCGGCUCCUGUCCUCACAGCAUCACUAAUGGCCGCUCAGCUAGAGGGUCCAGUCCUAGUGUUUUGCCAGUGAAGUAACGGUCACACAUUGUUUGAGAGGGAUCCUAUCUAGUGUGCAGUGCAAGAGCACUUGGGAAGAGAGCUGUCUGGUACCCCAAACCUCCCUGUGCACCACAAACCUCCCCCCCACCUCCCUGUGCACCACAAACCUCCCCCCCACCUCCCUGUGGACCACAAACCUCCCCACCACCUCACCCGCUGGGGAGAGCCGCGUUUGUAAGGUGACUGGUGGCGGUCAGUGGGAAUCGCUAUAUUAGAAAGGAAACUCUGUUAGGAGACCAGUUAGAGUCAGAACCUCCAGAGCUGCCCAGAGAGUCUCCCUCAAUGUGGUCAGAGCCAACAGGACUCCACUCACCUGUAGCCUUACAGCAGUACGGCAGCCAUCUCCCCAGCACACACACACACACACACACACACACAGCUUAACACUAUGAAGGUGAUGGCCCUCCUCUCUCUCUGUCUCUCACACACACUCACACACACCAACAGAGGGGGGCUGCUUAUGGGAUCCACACAGGGAGCACAAGGCCGGAGGGGCAGAACCGCGGUCCUGUGGUUCUCCUCCUCAGUUCCUCUGGGUCUCUCCUCAGUUCUAACGGAGCCCAGGGCCCGGAGGAGAAGGGGCAGAACCGCGGUCCUGUGGUUCUCCUCCUCAGUUCUGACGGUUCCCUCUGUGUGAGCUCAGUUCUGUAUGUUCUACUGCAUUCUUAGCUGAAAUCAGGAACUAAUUUUGAGCUGGAAAUAUUGUGUAUAUAUAAAUAAAUGGCCAUGUACUUUUUAUUAUGUAAUAAAUACAAGGUAAACAUG